AUGGUAGGCGGUCUAGUGGUUAUUCUCCAUCCUUACGGACAGCUAGAUAUGGAAUUAUUUUCAAAAACAAUUACUCAUCAUCAAGUGUCAUAUCUGGGCACUGUACCAUCUCAGAUGAUUAAUUUAACUAAGUUUCUAAAUACUACAAAUCGAAAUUAUGUUUUUGAAACGCUUCGAUGUGUAUCAACCGGAGGUAUUGAAAUAGUUGUAAAAGUACAAGUUUUUUUUCAAAAUUUUUCGUUUUUAAUGUUAGGAGAAUCGCUAUUCGUUGGUACUGUUGUUGAUAUUCAACGUUACCUAAAAAACAACUGUCAGAUUUACAACUAUUAUGGUCCUACUGAAUGUACAGAAGCAGCAGUUGAACAUUUAAUAACAGAAGACGACCUUGUUCGUGGUUCUAUACCGCUGGGACAGCCUAUGGCAAAUGUGUACAUCUAUGUCGUCGACAAGUAUCUUCAACCCAUUAUACCAGGCAUGCAUGUGGGUCAAAUUAUUAUUGGGGGUGCUGGUGUGUUCGCCGGUUAUCGUAAUCGAAAUGAGUUAACGGCACAAGCCAUGUGUCAAAUCAAUAAUGAACUCUGCUAUAAGACAGGAGACUUAGGAUGUUUCAAUACCAAAACCGGUUGUUUUGAAUACCGUGGUAGAGAAGAUUACCAAGUGAAGCUUCGAGGACAACGUAUUGAAUUAAGUGAAAUUGAAUCAGUGAUUAUGAGUAUUGCCGCAAUGUGUAUUGUUGUCAAAGUAGUACAUAGCAAUAAUGACUAUCUAGUUGCUUAUGUCGAAGAAAAGAGUUAUAAUGUAAAUGAAGAACAACUUCGACAACAUUGUCAAUCUCAUCUUCCUCCACAUAUGAUUCCAUCUUUCUUUAUUAUUCUUGAUAAAUUACCUUUGAAUCAAAAUGGAAAAAUAGAUCGAAAACUACUUCCAUCAUCUUACCUUCCAUCGUCAACUACGCCAUCAGUAAGUGAACUUGAUACACCAGUUAAUCAAGUAGAAAAAGAUGUAUAUGAUAUAUGGUGCCAAGUGCUGGAGCAUAAUGGACGACAAAUAUCAACAACUACAAACUUCUUUACUAUCGGAGGUCAUUCUCGUUUAUUUAUUGAACUUUAUCAUCGUUAUCAAACUAUCUUUGGUUUCGAUAGUCGUGCAUUAGCUAUUAGUAUGGCAUCAUUUGCUCAAGAACGUAUAUUUCUGGAUGAACAAAUUCGAUUCUCUAAUAAACAUAUCUUCUAUAAUAAUUUCGCUGCACUACGAGUUACUGAAGGUGUCUUAUCAAUAAAUCGAGUACUACAAGCUCUCCAACUGGUUUUGAGGAAACAUGAAAUAUUGCGUACUUCACUCGUGUUUAAUAAUGAUGAUAGUACACUACAGCAAUAUGUCACUGACAAUCACAAAACAUUUACGUUUCUUGAUCAACAAACUUUCGAGAGUGACAAUGAACUUCAAAAUAUGAUUUAUCGAACGGUUAUCAAUCCUGAUCUGUUUGAUUUGUCUAAUGGUCGAGUUUUUAGUUGCCAAAUACUUCAACAGCAGAAGACUACACAUGAUACUGAUCACACAGAGUUUCUUGAAAAGUCUGAUGUUUUUGUAUUAUAUUUUCAUCAUGCAGCAGUUGAUGGAACUUCUAUACCAAUCCUGUUGAAUGAUUUCUAUAAUGCUUAUAGUAAUAACAUGACAGUUUUAGUUGAUAAACAAUCAGUGCAAUAUAUUGAUUAUGCUGUUUAUGAACGGAUUAUGGAUAUGACAUCAUCUCGUAGCUUCUGGUAUUCUCAACUAGAAGGAUUUAAUCUCAAACGCGCAUUAAAGCUACCAGUUGAUAGACACCGUUUACCAGCUGUUCAACGAUCUGGCUUGGCGUCGAUAGCUCAAAUCUCUUUUGAUAGGGAGCUGUCGAUGAUGUUUCUCAAUUAUGCUUCCUUACAUCAAAUUACACCUUUUCAGCUCGGUUUGACUGCAUUUUAUGUGUUUCUCUUCAAAUUAACUCAUGGCGAAACUGAUUUAUGCAUUGCAUCUAUUAAUGCUAAUCGAUAUCGAAGUGAAUUAGAAAAUAUGAUCGGCAUGUUUGUUUCAACGUUACCAUAUUGUGUACAACUCAAUUCGCAUUGGUCAUUUGAUGAACUUGUGAAACAUGUUCGAGAAAAGUGCUUGUCAAUUCUUGAACAUUCUCAUUAUCCACUUCAGCAUAUACUUACUGAUUUUCGACUUAAUCAAUUGGAUGUUCCAUUUCUUGAGAUCGUAUUUAAUUUUAUACCGGUGUCUACAAAUAUUGAUUGGUAUUCUAUAGGUGAUGUACGCUUAGAACAAAUUUCAAUCAAACAAGCAAAUGAAAUUUCUCAGUUUGACUUCUCAACAAUGUUCCUAUACAAUCCGACAUCAGAUAAUCAUAAACUUUCCUGUCGAUUCUCCUGUUCGCAUGAUUUAUUUGAUAACACUACUGUUAAAACAAUAGCGCAACGAUUUCAGCAUCUCCUGUCACAAUUAUUUCUGACAAACUCAAAUGGCAUAGAAAAGAAUCGAUCUACUAAGUCUAUCAAAACUUUGUCUUUGAUAUUGCCUGAAGAAGCGAGCGAAAUAUGUGCAUUAACAUUAAGUCGCCAGACAGGCGUUUCUACAGAAGCACCAGCAUCAUUUGCACAAGCUCGUAUAUGGCUUGAUGAAAGAAUUCGAUUCGAUCCAAACAACCCUCAAAUAGCAAUUUAUAAUAUGCCUUUUGUUUAUCGGUUGCAAGCAGGCCAUACUUUAUCCAUUAAACAACUUCAACAUGCUCUUCAUCUCACUGUUCACAAACAUCCUUCACUUCAUACAUCACUUCAUUUCGACACCGAAAAGAAUCUACUUCUGCAACGAGUUAUUACUCAUGAACAUAAAAAUAAUAAGAAUAAUAUGUUUUCAAUCAUCGAAUCUACUUAUGAAACAGAUAAACAACUCAAUGAACUUUUACAUGGCGAGAAACGUAAUCCUCAUCUUUUUAAUCUUACUCAAGGUGUUGUCUUUCGAUGCCAUCUUGUUUACUACAAACAAAUCUCUUCACAUCAUCUUCUUUCUCACAACGAUCUACUUAUCUUCAACUUUCAUCAUGGUUUAUUUGACUUUUCAUCGAUGAAUAUAUUUCUUCAUGAUCUCAAUCAAGCAUAUACAACAAGUCAAUUACUAUAUGAUGACAACACUAAUCUUCGUUAUCUCGAUUAUGCUGUUAUUGAACAACAAAUGUCAAUGACUGGUGCAAGUAUGUUUUGGCUUGAUGCUCUUCAUGAUUGUAAACUUGAUCAAUCUUUACCAUUACCAUUUGACCGAUAUCGUCUUGCAAAUGAACAUCGAACUGGUCGUGGAACAUCUAUUUCUUUUGAUUUUGGUCAAGAUCUCUCACAUAACUUUCGUACUCAUGCAUCAUCGAAUAAUGUAUCACUUGAACAACUUGCACUUGCCACUUAUUAUGUGUUUUUAUUUGAAUUAACGAAUGGAGAAAAAGAUUUAUGCAUUGGAAUAAACACAGAUGGUCGAUAUAGAGAUGAACUUAACUCUAUCGUUGGCAUGUUUGUGAAUGCGAUACCUUUGCGAUGUCAACUCGAUCCUCAUUUAUCAUUUAAUAAAAUCACUAAGCACGUUCAAGAUAAUAUGAUAAACUAUAUUAAGUAUUCAUAUUUUCCACUUCAACGUAUUCUCAAUCAACAUCCAAAUAUAUCAAAUCCUGUAUUUCUUGAUACUUCCUUUGACUUUGUAUCAUCUAUGACAAAAGAUGCGGAAGAUGGUAUAAUGAUCGGUGAUAGUCGAAUUUCUUUAAUACCUUAUUCAAUUAAGAUUAGUGAAGAUGAAAUAAUGAGUAAAUUUGAUUUCAUGCUUAGUUUUCAGCAUGAUCUGAAUCUAAAUGAAAUCUCAUGCACAAUCGAUGCUUCACUUGAUUUAUUUAAUCCUGGAACAAUUUGCAUAAUUGCACAAAGAUUUCAGACAAUGUUACAUCAACAAUUUACAUCUUUUAAUAGUGAAAAAAAUAAAUCUAUUCAUGAAUUAUCAAUAAUAUUACCAAGUGAACGGUAUAUAAUGCAAUCAUUGAAUAAUACACAAGUAUUAUUUCCAUCUCCUGUCAGUUGUGUUCAUCAUGAAUUUGUAUAUCAAGUAAUGAAGCAUCCACAAAAACUUGCUGUUGAACUAGAUGAACAGUCAUUGACAUAUUGUGAACUCUUACAUUAUGUACAAUUAUUAUCCAUAAUUCUUCUUAAUGAAUAUCAUGUUCUUCCAGGUGAGGUCAUAUGUCAAUGCGUUGAGCGAAGUUUGUCAAUGGUGAUUGGUAUUAUGGGAAUUGAAAUGGCUGGUGGUGUUUAUUGCCCAUUAUCACCUCGAGAUCCACAGCAUCGUUUGCAUGCACUGAUAGAACAAACAGGAAGUCAGCUUCUUCUUGUUCAUCGUUUUACAACAAAUAAGGUUAAUGAUAAUAUUAUCUCAGUCAAUACUGAUUUAGUAUGCACUGACAACUAUAUGAAAAGUGAUAAUGAUGUUGACCAACUAUCAGGUAUAAACGUUACAUCGGACAAUAUAGCUUACAUCACUUUCACAAGUGGUUCAACUGGUGUUCCUAAAGCGACUCAGACAAGACAUAAAAAUCUCAUAAGUUUCAUACAUUCCCUUCAAUACAUUGACUACAUUGACGAAAAGGACACAGUGGUGCAAGUUUUUGCUGCUGCAUUUGAUGCACAUAUUCAGGAAAUUGUGGGUGCUUUACUUUCAAGCGCGUCUGUUGUCAUGUUACGUUCUUAUGGGAAUAUGGAUUUUUUAUAUUUCGCAAAUACACUGGAAAACAAACAAAUUACGUAUAUGGCAUCUGUUCCUAGUUUCUUGUAUAAUUUCUGUGAUUUUAUUGAAAAGAAUUUUAAUGGUAAUCCGUUAGUUACACUGCGAUCGCUUGCAAUUGGCGGUGAAGUUGUCUCUCACAAGUUGGUAUACCAUGUCAAGCACUACGUGCAGAAGACAUGCUACAUGUGGGAUGUAUACGGGCCGGCUGAAACAACAAUGCUAUCGACAAUUUAUCUUAUUGACUCCAUGUCUGGUCAUUUGGAUGUUCCUAUAGGUAGUCUUCUUGCUAAUUAUCAAUGCAAGAUGUUUGAUGUAUACUUACAACCUGUUCCUAUUGGCGAAGAAGGAGAAUUGUGUGUAGGAGGUGCCGGUGUCUUUGCCGGCUAUUUUGGACGUGAUGAUUUAACUGCAAAAGCUCUUGUUGAAAUAGAUGGUCAACUAUUUUAUCGAACAGGUGAUCUUGUUAGAAUAGAUAACAAUGGUCUUCUCCAUUAUCAAGGAAGAAAAGAUCAUCAAAUCAAACUACAUGGACAACGAAUUGAACUUGGUGAAAUCGAACGAUGUUUACUUAGCAUUACAUCCAUCUCUGCUUGUGUUGUCAUGAAAUGGAAUGAUGACUAUUUAGUUGCAUAUGUUCAAUCAUCUCACGUGAAUGAAGAAGAACUACGUCAAUAUUGUCAAUCUCAUCUUCCACCACAUAUGAUUCCAUCUUUCUUUAUCAUACUUGAGAAACUACCUUUGAAUCAAAAUGGAAAAGUAGACCGAAAACAACUUCCCUCACCCGGUUCUUCUUUAUCAACUUUGUUAUCGCCCGAUAAAUCUGAUACUCCUCUUAAUCAGUUCGAAGAACGUAUACACUCUAUUUGGUGUCAAGUUCUUCAUUGUAAUGAAAAUCACAUUUCUAGAACGACUAGUUUUUUUAGUAUUGGUGGUCAUUCACUGUUAUUUAUUGAACUUUAUCAUCAUUAUCAAUCAGUAUUUAACUUUGAUGCUCAUACACUUUCCAUUGCUCCAUUUCUUCAACAACCAACUAUAUUUCAACAUUCACAAUUACUUCAAACUGUUAUAGUGAAUAAUAUCAAGGCAACUCAAUGGUGUACAUUACAUAUAAAUGAAGGUAUUGCCUCUUUUGCUCAAGAACGUAUCUUUCUCGAUGAACAAGUUCGUUUUUCGAGUGAUAUUGCUAUUUACAAUGAACUGCAUACUUUACAAGUUGUUCAAGGAUCAUUAUCAUUCAAUCGUUUAUUACAAGCACUACGAUGUGUUUUGAAUAAACAUAAAAUAUUACGGACAUCUCUUAUGUUAAACAAUGAUAAUAGUAAUUUAACGCAAUGCAUUACAGAUACACAUAAAACAUUCACAGUAACUAUGAAUCAAACAUUUGAAAAUGAAAAUAAACUUCAAAACAUUAUUUAUCAAACAACUAUUAAUCCUACGCUCUUUGAUUUAUCAACUGGUCGUGUUUUUCAUACUGAGAUUCUGAAACAUCAAAUAUCAUUAAAUGAAAAUAAUACCAGUGAAUUCAUAACUAAUUCUGAUGUUCUUCUCAUUGCUUUUCAUCAUGCAGCAUUUGAUCGAGCAAGUCGUUCAAUCUUUUUCAAUGAUCUAUGUUUAGCUUACAAUACUAACACAAUAUCAGCAGAAAAUGAUGAAUCAUUGCAAUAUAUUGAUUACAGUAUACAUGAACGUCUAAUUGAUAUGUCAACAUCUCGUGAAUUUUGGUAUUUACAGUUAGAAGAAUACAAUUUGGAAUCUCGAUUAUUAUUACCAGCUGAUCGACAUCGCUUGUCUAAUGAUCAUCGAUCGAGUUCUGCUUCUGUCACUCAAACCUCUUUUGACAACGAGAUUUCACAAUCAUUUCUUGAUUAUGCUUCUAUACAUCAUGUGACACCAUUUCAGUUAGGUCUAACUGUAUUAUAUGCUUUUCUUUCCAAGUUAACUCAUGGUGAAAAUGAUUUAUGUAUUUCUUCUCUUAAUGCUAAUCGACACAAAACUGAACUACAAAAUAUAAUGGGAAUGUUUGUUUCGACACUACCGUAUCGUAUUCAACUUGAUCCGCAAUGGUUAUUUGAUGAACUGAUUAAAUAUGUUCAAGAAAAAUGUUUAUCAAUUCUUGGACAUUCACAUUAUCCACUUCAACAUAUUCUUGCUAAUUUACAUGUUAAUAAAUCAAAUAUUUCAUUUCUCGAAACAAUGUAUGACUUUAUUACUAUAUCGUCACACAACGAUGAAUUAUCUUUCGAUGGAGCAAACCUUAAACAAGUGUCAUUUGAACAAUCGUUUGAAGUGGCUAAGUUUGAUUUUAUGUUAAUGUUUGUCUAUAAUCCAAUGUUGCAAAAUAAUAGAUUAUCAUUUUGUUUAACUUGUUCACAUGAUCUGUUUGAUGAGAUUACAGUUACAAAUAUAGGUCGAAGAUUAGAAUAUUGUAUUCAACAACUUUUUUCAUCGAAAGAAACUAUGAAUCGAAUUGAUACAUGUUUUACAUCUAUAUCGAAGAUUAAUCUUAUUCUACCAGAAGAAACUCAAGAAAUGGAAGAUAUUAUCUUUUGUCGACAAUCACAUAUAAUGAACGAAGCACCAGCAUCAUUUGCACAAGCUCGUCUAUGGUAUAAUGAAUCUUUUCACUUCCCUCCCAACAGAUCACAAGUACCAAUCUACAACAUGCCUUUUGUUUAUUCUCUCUACUCACAUCAUUCUUUAUCAGUGCAACAUCUUCAUCAUGCUCUUCAACUAGUCAUUACCAAACAUGAAUCCCUUCGAACAUCACUCAACUUUCAUCCACACAGCAAUCGACUCAUGCAACAAAUCAUCGAUUUCAGCCAGAAUAAUAAUAAAUUAUUUACAUUUAUUGAAAGCACUUACACAACACAUGAACAACUCAAUCAUAUCAUACAUGAAGAAAGACAUAAUCCUCGAUUUUUUGAUCUUGCUCAAGGUCUUGUCUUUCGAUGUCAUCUUGUUUAUUACAAACAAAUCUCCUCAAAUCAUCUUCUUUCUCACAAAGAUCUACUUAUCUUCAACUUUCAUCAUGCUUUAUUUGAUUUUCCAUCAAUGAAUAUAUUUCUUCACGAUCUCAAUCAGGCAUAUACAACAGGUCAAUUACUAUAUGAUGACAACACUAAUCUUCGUUAUCUCGACUAUGCUGUUAUUGAACAAGAAACGUCGAUGACUGGUGCAAGUAUGUUUUGGCUAGAUGUUCUUCAUGAUUGUAAACUUGAUCAACCUUUGUCAUUACCAUUUGAUCGAUAUCGUCUUGCAAAUGAACAUCGAACUUGCCAUACAACAUCGAUUUCUUUUGAUUUUGGUCAGGAUCUUUCACAUGAGUUUCUUCUUCAUGCAUCAUCAAACAACAUAUCACUUGAACAUCUCACAUUUACUAUUUAUUUCAUCUUUCUAUUUAAACUAACUAAUGGACAAACAGAUCUUUGCCUGGCUAUGAACAUCAAUAAUAAUCGAUAUAGAGAUGAACUCAAAUCAAUCAUUGGACUGUUUGAGAAUGUCAUUCCAUUACGAUGUCAAUUAGAUCCACAGUGGUCUUUUCAUAAAUUACUAGAACAUGUUCAGGAUACAACAACAAACAGUAUGAAAUAUUCAUAUUUUCCACUUCAACAUAUUCUCACUCAACAUCCACAUAUAUCUAAAAAUGCAUUUUUGGACACAUCUCUGGAAUUUAUAUCGUACAAGAGUAACAGUGACAACAAUGCAAUGAUGGUUGGGGAUUCUCAACUUGUUCCAGCAAUUUCCUUAUCCAACAUUAAUGAAGAGCAGAUACCAAGUGUGUCCGACUUUUCUCUUCCUAUUUAUCAUGAUAAGAACAUGAAUCAACUAUCAUGGACAAUGAAUGCAUCACUUGACUUGUUCAAUAUAGAGACAGUGGAGAAGAUUUCACAACGAUUUCGUUCAAUCUUAAAUCAGUUAUUUACAUCUCUUGAUAAUCAUAUGAAUAAGUCAAUCCAUGAAAUAUCAUUAACAUUACCAAAUGAAAGAUUACUAAUACAAUCAUUAAAUAACACACAAAUAUCAUUUCCAUCUGCUCUCACUUGUAUUCAUCAUGAAUUUGUAUAUCAAGUGAUGAAACAUCCACAGAAGCUGGCUGUUGAACUAGAUGAACAAGCUUUGACAUAUAGUGAACUUCUAUAUUAUGUUCAAGUCUUAUCUUUAACUCUUGUCAAUGAAUAUCAUGUGUUUCCAGGUGAGGUCGUGAUUGGUAUAAUGGCGAUUGAAAUGGCUGGUGGUGUUUAUUGUCCAUUGUCACCUCGAGAUCCACAACAUCGUUUACAUGCACUUACACAACAAACACAAAGUCGUCUUAUUCUUGUUCAUGAUUUAACUACGACGAAAUUUAAUCAUGACAUUAUUGCGCUUAAUAUUGAUUCAAUAUUAAAUGUCAAUGAUAUAGAAAGUAACAUAAGUUAUAAUUGCCUUUCAAGUGUGAUAGUGAAAGGCGAAAUAAUAGCGUACACUAUUUUCACAAGUGGCUCAACUGGAACACCUAAAGCGGUUCAAGUUCGACAUAAGAACUUUAUUGAUUGUAUGCAUUCUUUGGCUUAUAUUAACUCAUUUAAUAAAGAUGAUACAAUUGUACAAAUGACACGAUGUUCAUUUGAUAUUCAUGUUCAAGAGAUACUUGGUACAUUGUUGAUUGGAGGUGAAGCUUUUGCUGUUCCUUUAAUCAAAUUGAUUCUUGAAACUUGCACACCGAGCUGUGUUGUGUGGAAUUUAUAUGGUCCAGCAGAAACAACUAUAGUUUCUACCUUCCACAGAGUACAUCUGAUAGACGACACACGAAGCGUUUCAAUUGGUAGACCACUUUUUAACUACCGAUGUAUGAUUAUGAAUCGAUAUUUACAAUCAUCUGUUAGCGAUCAAGAAGGUGAACUUUUUAUAGGAGGAUCAGGCGUUUUUGCUGGUUAUUUUGGACAUGAUGAUUUAACUGCAAAAGCUCUUGUUGAAAUAGAUGGUCAACUCUUUUAUCGAACAGGUGAUCUUGUUACAAUCGAUAAAAAUGGUCUCCUCCAUUAUCAAGGAAGAAAAGAUCAUCAAAUCAAACUUCAUGGACAACGAAUCGAACUUGGUGAAAUCGAACGAUGUUUACUUAACACUACAUCGAUUUCUAAUUGUGUUGUUGUGAAAUGGAAUGAUGAUCAUUUAGUUGCAUAUGUUCAAUGUUCUGAGAUUAAUGAAAAGAAAUUGCGUGAACAUUGUCAAUCUCAUCUUCCACCACAUAUGAUUCCAUCCAUAUUUAUUAUACUUGAUAAAUUACCUUUGAAUCAGAAUGGAAAAAUAGAUCGAAAACUUCUUCCGCCACCUCACUUCCCAUCAACACGUCUCACAAACAGUGUAGAGCUAUCACUACCAACAAAUGAUAUUGAAGUUAAUAUUCAUCGUAUUUGGUGUGAGAUAUUCAAACAAAAUCAAAUACCAACUGAUACAAAUAUAUUUACUAUUGGUGGUCAUUCAUUACUUAUCAUGCAACUUUUUCAUCGAUACAAGAUCGAGUUUUAUUCAGAAACACAUACUCUUUCUAUUUCAAAUCUAUUUGAACAUCCAACAAUUAGCCAUCAUGCUCAAUUCAUUCAACAAUCUAUCAAUACCAUCCAUACUGUGGAUGAGUACCCUUGGUCUCCCUUACAUAUUAUUCAAACUGAAGCAUCAUUUGCACAAGUACGAAUCUAUUUAGAUGAACGAAUUCGAUUUUCAUCAACAGAUCAUAAUACUAACAUGUAUGUUAUUCCAUUAAUUUAUCGAAUUUCAUCUAUGAAUGAUCACAUAUCUAUUUCACAAUUACAACAUACAUUUCAAUCUAUCAUUACAAAACAUCAAAUUCUUCGAACAGCACUCUCUCUUGAUACAAAUGGUACUAUUAUUCAACAUUGUUUAGAUGUAAAUGCUAUUAUCAAUGAUAAGGACUUCUCUCGAUUCUCAAUAAUUAAUCUUCCCGAUGAAGAACAUGAAGAGAAUGAAAUUGUAAAGAAGAUUUUAAACCAAUCAGACUUAUUUGAUUUAUCAAAAGGACAUGUUAUUAAUUGUCAUAUUCUUCGUCGACAUCAAUCAAAUAAUUCAUUCACUCACAAUAAUGAUGAUCUAUUGACUAAAGAUGAUCUAAUAUUAUUUACUAUUCAUCAUGCAAUGUUUGAUGGAGCAUCAGUAUCAAUCUUCAUUCGUAAUCUUUCUCUUGCUUAUCAAUCCAAUGACUUGCUUCCUAUAGAUGAUAAUUCAUUACAGUACAUUGACUAUUCUAUUUAUGAACACACAAUGGAUAUGACAUUAUCACAAGAGUUUUGGUUAUUAGAACUCAAAGGAUAUAAUCUCACUCACCAAUUGUCAUUACCUGUUGACCGACAACGUUCACCAACUAAUCAACAACGAUCCGGUUUAGCAUCUAUCGCUGAAAUUACUUUUGAUAAUGAGAUAUGCACAUCAUUUCUCAACUAUGCAUCAGCACAUCAUCUCACACUCUUUCAACUUGGAUUAUCCAUAUUUUAUGUAUUUUUAUUUAAAUUAACUCAUGGUGAUACUGAUCUGUGUGUUGGUUCUAUUAAUGCUAAUCGAUAUCGAAGUGAACUAGUGAAUAUGAUUGGAAUGUUUGUGUCAACAUCACCAUAUCGUAUUGAGCUUGACCGUCAUUGGUCAUUUGAUGAAGUAGUUAAAUAUGUACAAGAGAAAUGUUUAUCAAUUCUUAAACAUUCUCAUUAUCCACUUCAACAUAUUCUAAGUGAUUUAAAUGUCAGUCAAUCAAAUGCAUCAUUUCUUGAAACAAUGUUUGAUUUUAUUACUGAGUCAAAAGAUAUGGAAUAUUUAUAUUUAAAUGGUGUCAAUCUGAAACAAGUAUCGUUAAAUCAAUCAUAUGAAAUGGCCAAGUUUGACUUCGUAAUGAGAUUUCUUUACAAGCCAUCAUCAGGUGAUAAUCAAUUGUCUUGCUCUUUUGUUGGUUCACGUGAUAUAUUUGAUGCAACAACAGCUGCUAUAAUAGGUCGAAGAUUGGAAUAUCUUUGCGAGCAGAUUUUUGAUAGCAAAUUAACACCAGCAUCCUUUGCACAAUACCGUAUAUGGUCAGAAAAUCAAAGAGAUGUCGAUGCUGAUCAACCAUCUUUAAGGACCCAUAAUUUGCCAUUUUUCUAUCGCCUCUAUACAGGAGAUGUUUUAUCCGUAAAACAACUUCGUCAUGCUCUUCAACUCAUUGUCACCAAACAUGAAUCACUUCAUACAUCACUUCAUUUUGACAUCCAAAAGAAUCUACUUAUGCAACGAGUUAUUACUCAUGAAAAUAAAAAUAAUAAUAAUAUGUUUUCAAUCAUCGAAACUACUUAUGAAACAGAUGAACAACUUAAUGAGAUUUUCCACGACGAGAAACGUAAUACUCAUCUUUUUGAUCUUGCUCAAGGUCUUGUCUUUCGAUGUCAUAUUAUUUACUACAAACAAAUCUUUUCAAAUAACAUCCUUCGUGAUAAAGAUAUAAUUAUCUUCAACUUUCAUCAUGCUUUCUUUGAUUAUCCAUCAAUGAAUAUAUUUCUUCAUGAUCUCAAUCAAGCUUACCAAACAGGUCAACUAACAACUGAUAACAAUACUACUCUACGUUAUAUCGAUUAUGCUCUUAUCGAACAACAAAUGUCCAUCACUGGUGCAAAUAUGUAUUGGCUUGACACUUUGCAUGAUUGUCAUCUGGAUCAAUCUUUAUCAUUACCAUUUGAUCGAUAUCGUCUCUCAAAUAAACAUCGAACUGGUCAUACAACGUCUAUCUCUUUUAAUUUUGAUCAAGAUCUCUCACAUCAUUUUCUCACGUAUGUAUCAUCAAACAAUACCAAACAUGAACAUCUAGCACUUACUACUUACUUUAUCUUCUUAUUUAAAAUAACGAAUGGUGAAAAAGAUUUAUUUAUUGCAAAGAACAUCGAUAAUCGUUAUAGAGAUGAUCUAAGAUCUAUAAUUGGUUUAUUUGAAAAUAUCAUCCCAUUACGGUGUCGAUUAGAUCCUUAUUGGUCUUUCCACCAACUACUUGAGCAUGUAGGCGAGACAACAACAAAAAGUUUGAAAUAUUCUUAUUUUCCUCUUCAACGUAUUCUCAAUCGACAUCCAAAUAUUUCAAAACCUACAUUUCUUGAUAUAUCAUUUCAAUUUCUAUCAUCUAUGACAACAACUGACAAUAAAUUAAUAAUGAUUGGUGAUAGUCAACUUUCUUCCAUACCUACGACAAUGAACAUUAAUGAUUUCUCACUUGUAAUCCAACAUGAUCUCAAUAUCAAUCAAUUCUCAUGCACAAUCAAUGCAUCACUUGACUUAUUCAAUAGAGACACAGUGGCGAAGAUUUCGCAACGAUUUCAUUGCAUCUUACAUGAGUUAUCUGCAUCUAUUAUUCACAGUCAAAUAAACAAACCCAUCCAUGAAUUAUCAUUAACAUUACCAAAUGAAAGAUUACUCAUGCAAUCAAUGAAUAAUACACAAGUAUUAUUUUCAUCUCCGCUCACUUGUAUUCAUCAUGAAUUUGUUUGCCAAGUAAUGAAACAUCCACAAAAACUGGCUGUUGAACUAGAUGAACAAUCGUUGACAUAUUGUGAACUGCUUUAUUAUGUUCAAGUAUUAUCUUUAGCUCUUCUUAAUGAAUAUCAUGUUGUUCCAGGUGAGGUUGUGUGUCAAUGUGUUGAGCGAAGUUUGUCAAUGGUGAUUGGUAUAAUGGCGAUUGAAAUGGCUGGUGGUGUUUAUUGUCCAUUAUCACCUCGAGAUCCACAACAUCGUUUACAUGCACUCACGCAACAAACUCAAAGUCGCCUUGUACUUGUUCAUCAUUUAACUAAGACCAAAUUCGAUCAAGAUACUGUUUCACUUGAAACUGACUCAGUAUUAACGAGCUAUGUCACUGAAUAUGUUACUGAUUUGAUUCGGCUAUCGAAAGUUAUAACAGUAUCGGACGAUGUCGCGUACAUUAUUUUUACAAGUGGUUCUACUGGAACGCCAAAAGCAGCUCAGACUAGACAUCGAAACUUUACAAAUUUCGUGCAUUCUAUGCAAAAUGCUGGUGUAUUAAACGAGCAUGACAUAGUGUCUCAAAUAUGUGCUCCGACAUACGAUGUACAUGUCAUGGAAAUCAUGGGUAGUUUACUUUUGUGUGCGACUGUUGUGAUGUUACAUCCAUACGGCAAUAUGGAUUUUGCGUAUUUUGCUCACACACUGCAACAUAAGCAGAUCACAUGUCUUGCACCUGUUCCAACUUUCUUAAAUCAUUUAUGUGAUUUUUUUGCACUUUCCAGUCGAUAUUCUUGGUCAACCGUGCGAUCACUUUGCAUUGGCGGGGAGCCAUUUUCACAAAAACUCGUUGACCGCCUCAGAAGCCAUAGCAAAAAUAAGUAUUACAUGCACAAUAUAUACGCACCAGCUGAAUGUACCAUUGUGUCGAUAUGUCAUCGUGUCGACACCUUAUCUAUUGAGAGCAAAAUUCCUCUUGGUAGAGUUCUGGCUAACGAACAAUACAAGAUCCUAGAUAGUUUUUUGCAACCUGCGGCGAUCGGAGAAGAAGGCGAGUUGUUCAUAGGUGGAGUGGGUAUCUUUGCUGGUUAUCUUGGACGUGAUGAUUUAACUGCAAAAGCUCUUGUUGAAAUAGAUGGUCAACUCUUUUAUCGAACAGGUGAUCUUGUCACAAUGGAUGAUAAUGGUCUGCUUCGUUAUCAUGGAAGAAAAGAUCAUCAAAUCAAACUACAUGGACAAAGAAUUGAACUUGGUGAAAUCGAACGAUGUUUACUUAGCAUUACAUCCAUCUCUGCUUGUGUUGUCAUGAAAUGGAAUGAUGAUUAUUUAGUUGCAUAUGUUCAAUCUUCUCACGUGAAUGAAGAAGAACUACGUCAACAUUGUCAAUCUCAUCUUCCACCACAUAUGAUUCCAUCUUUCUUUAUCAUACUUGAUAAACUACCUUUGAAUUCCAAUGGAAAAAUAGAUCGAAAACUUCUUCCGCUACCUCACUUCUUAUCUAUAAAUAUCACAAACAGUAUCGAACUAUUACUACCAACAAAUGAUAUUGAAGUUAGUAUUCAUCGUAUUUGGUGUGAGUUAUUCAAACAAGAUCAAAUCUUAACUAAUACAAAUAUAUUUACUAUUGGUGGUCAUUCAUUACUUAUGAUGCAAUUGUUUCACCAAUACAAGAUCCAAUUUCAUCUAGAAAUAAAUUCUCUUUCUAUUUCAAAUCUAUUUCAACAUCCAACAAUUAGUCAUCAUGCACAACUCAUUCAACAAUCUAUCAAUAUCAUGGAUACUCUGAAUGAUUAUCCCUGGUCUCCAUUGCAUCUCAUUCAAGGUAAACAACACAACUUGUACUGGAUAUUAUUAUCAACUACAUAUUCAUCUCUUUUUUUUCUCAUUCUAGCUAGGGUAUCACUGACACAAGAACGAAUCUUUUUAGAUGAACAAAUUCGUUUUUCAUCCAACCAAACAACCAUGAAUAAUAUGUAUGUUAUUCCAUUACUUUAUCGUAUAUCAUCUACGAAUGAUCAUGUAUCAAUUACUCGAUUACAUCAUGCAUUUCAAUGUGUUAUCACAAAACAUCAUAUUCUUCGAACAGCACUUUAUAUUGAGGAUACACAUGGUACUAUUAUUCAACAGUGUUUAGAUGCAAAUAUCAUUCUCGAUGAUCAUAUGAAAUCACGUGAAUUGACAAUCGUUAAUCUUCAUAAUGAUGAUCAUCGUCAUAUGAGUGAAAUUAUUGGAGAAAUCCUAAAUCAAGUUGAUUUAUUUAAUUUAUCAAAAGGACGUGUUAUUCGUUGUCAUAUUCUUCGCCAUUGUCAUCAAUCUCAAGAUAGUAUCUCAUGUGAGAAUAAUGAUCUAUUGAGUGAAAAUGAUCAUAUAUUGGUUAGUAUUCAUCAUACAAUGUUUGAUGGAGCAUCAACAUCAAUCUUUCUUCGUGAUCUUUCUCUUGCUUAUCAGUCUGAUGGCUCUUUAUUUAUGGAUGAAAAUACAUUGAAUUAUAUCGAUUAUUCUGUUCAUGAACAUGUCAUGAAUAUGUCAUUAUCUCGUGAAUUCUGGCAAUUAGAACUCAAAGGAUAUAGUAUUGCACGCCAAUUAUCAUUACCUAUUGAUCGACAACGUUCAUCAACCAAUCAACAAGGAUCAGGUUUAGCUUCUUCAGCUCAAAUCACUUUUGAUGAUGAAAUAUGCACAUCAUUUCUAAGUUAUGCAUCAUCACAUCAUCUCACACUUUUUCAACUUGGACUAGCGACAUUGUAUGUCUUUCUAUUCAGAUUAACUCAUGAUGAGACUGAUCUAUGUAUUGGUUCUAUUAAUGCCAACCGGUAUCGAAGUGAAUUAGUGAAUAUGAUAGGAAUGUUUGUAUCAACAUUACCAUAUCGUUUAGUAAUUGAUCCUUAUUGGUCAUUUGAUGAAGUUAUUAAAUGUGUACGAGAAAAAUGUUUAUCAAUUCUUGAACAUUCUCAUUAUCCACUUCAACAUAUUCUUGCUGAUUUACAUCUUACGCAAUCAAAUGUAUCAUUUUUUGAGACAAUGUUUGAUUUUAUUAGUGUGUCAAAAGAUGUUGAACAUUUAUGUUUAAACGAUGCGAAUUUAGAAGAAAUAUCAUUAGAGCAAUCACUUGAAAUGUCUAAAUUUGACUUCUCACUCACAUUUGUAUGCAAUCCAUUAUCAGAUAACAAGAGAUUAUCAUGUAGUUUUGUUUGUUCACAUGAUUUGUUUGAAAAAUCAACUAUUUCUAAAAUAGCUCAAAGAUUUCAGUAUAUGUUUGAGCAAUUGUUUCAAACACAACCAAGCAACACUACUGUGAUGAAUGUGAGUUCAUUGAUUAACAAAAUUUCUCUUAUUCUUCCUGAGGAAGCUGAAGAAAUGGAAUUAGCCGUAUUUCAUCGAUUCGACAAUAUUAUGAAUGAAGCACCAGCAUCAUUUGCACAAGUUCGUCUAUGGUAUAAUGAAUCUAUUCAUUUCACUCCUCAUAUAUCACAAGUGCCAAUCUACAACAUGCCGUUUCUCUAUUCUCUCUACUCACAUCAAACUAUAUCGGUAAAACAACUUCGUCAUGCUCUUCAACUAAUCGUUACGAGACAUGAAUCUCUUCGAACAUCACUCAUAUAUCAUACAGAAAACAAUCGACUCAUGCAACAAAUUACCGACUUCAGCCAGAAUAAUAAUACAUUAUUCACGUUUCUUGAAACUACUUACACAACACAAGAACAACUCAAUCAUGUCAUACAUGAAGAAACACAUAAUCCUCAACUUUUCGAUCUUAAUCAAGGUCUUGUCUUUCGAUGUCAUCUUGUUUACUACAAACAAAUCUCUUCAAAUCAUCUUCUUUCUCACAAAGAUCUACUUAUUUUUAACUUUCAUCAUGCUUUAUUUGACUUUCCAUCGAUGAAAGUAUUUCUUCAUGAUCUCAAUCAAGCAUACACAACAGGUCAAUUACUAUACGAUGACAACACCAAUCUUCGUUACCUCGACUAUGCUGUUCUUGAACAACAAAUGCCAAUGACUGGUGCAAGUAUGUUUUGGCUUGAUGCUCUUCAUGAUUGUAAACUCGAUCAACCAUUAUCAUUACGAUUUGAUCGGUAUCGUCUUAUGAAUGAACAUCGAACUGGUCGGACAACAUCUAUCUCUUUCGAUUUUGGUCAAGAUCUUUCUCAUCAUUUUCUUAUGUAUGCAUCAUCAAACAAUAUCAAACAUGAACAUCUAGCACUUGCUACGUACUUUAUCUUCUUAUUUAAAUUAACAAAUGGUGAAAAAGAUUUAUGUAUUGCAAUGAAUAUCGACAAUCGUUAUAGAGAUGAACUAAAAUCUAUAAUUGGAUUGUUUGAAAAUAUCAUUCCAUUACGAUGUCAAAUAGAUCCACAUUGGUGUUUUCAUCAUUUACUCGAACAUGUUCAAGAGAUAACAACAAACAGUAUGAAAUAUUCAUAUUUUCCACUUCAACAUAUUCUCACUCAACAUCCACAUAUUUCAAAACAUGCAUUUCUGGAUACAUCCCUGGAAUUUAUAUCAAACAAGAGUAAUAAUGACAACAAUGCAAUAAUACUUGGUGAUUCUCAACUUGUUCCAGCAUCUUUCUCAUUUAACGAUAAUGAAGAUGAAAUACUAAGUGUAUCGGACUUCUCUCUUUCAUUUCAUCAUGAUAUGAACAUGAAUCAACUGUCAUGCACAAUCAUUGCAUCACUCGACUUGUUCAAUAGAGACACAGUGGAGAAGAUUUCACACCGAUUUCAUUCCAUCUUAAAUCAAUUAUCUACAUCUAUUGUUGACAAUCAAAUAAACAAACCUAUCUAUGAACUAUCAUUAACAUUAACAAAUGAACAAUAUCUAAUGCAAUCAUUGAAUGAUACAGAAAUAUCAUUUUCAUCUCCUCUCAUGUGUAUUCAUCAUGAAUUUGUAUAUCAAGUGAUGAAACAUCCACAAAAACUAGCAGUUGAACUAGAUGAACAAUCAAUGACAUAUAGUGAACUUCUAUAUUAUGUUCAAGUCUUAUCUUUAGCUCUUCUUAAUGAAUAUCAUGUGUUUUCAGGUCAGGUCGUUAUUGGUAUAAUGGCAGUUGAAAUGGCUGGUGGUGUUUAUUGUCCAUUAUCACCACGAGAUCCGCAACAUCGAUUGCAUGCACUCACACAACAAACUCAAAGUCGUCUUGUUCUUAUUCAUCAUUUCACAAAGACCAAAUUCAGUGAUGAUAUUGUUGCACUGGAUAUUGAUUCGAUAUUAAAUGGUAAUAAUAUGGAUAGUGACAUGAAUUAUAGUUGUCUUUCAAAUGUGAUAGUGGAAGGUGAAGACGUAGUGUACGUUAUUUUCACUAGUGGCUCAACUGGAACUCCGAAAGCGGUUCAAGUUAGACAUAAGAACUUUAUGGAUUGUAUACAUUCUUUGGCUUAUAUUAACACAUUCAAUAAAUAUGAUACAGUUGUACAAAUGACACGAUGUUCAUUUGAUAUUCAUGUUCAAGAGAUACUUGGUACAUUGUUGGUUGGAGGCGCAUUGGUUAUGCUUCAUCCAGGUGAAGCUUUUGCUGUUCAUUUGAUCGACUUGAUCCUGAAAAUUGGCAUAACCAACUGUAUUGUGUGGAAUUUAUAUGGUCCAGCUGAAACAACUAUAGUUUCUACCUUCCACAGAAUAGACCUAAUAGAGGACACACGAAGCGUCUCAAUUGGUAGACCACUUUCUAAUUACCGAUGUAUAUUCAUGAGUCCAUAUUUACAACCAUCUCUCAUCGGUCAAGAAGGUGAGCUGCUAGUGGGAGGAGUGGGUGUAUUUGCUGGUUAUUUUGGACGUGAUGAUUUAACUGCAAAAGCUCUUGUUGAAAUAGAUGAUCAACUCUUUUAUCGAACAGGUGAUCUUGUUAGAAUAGAUAACAAUGGUCUUCUCCAUUAUCAAGGAAGAAAAGAUCAUCAAAUCAAACUUCAUGGACAACGAAUCGAACUUGGUGAAAUCGAACGAUGUUUACUUAACACUACAUCUAUUUCUAAUUGUGUUGUUGUGAAAUGGAAUGAUGAUCAUUUAGUUGCAUAUGUUCAAAGUUCUGAUGUUAAUGAACAGAAAUUGCGUGAACAUUGUCAAUCUCAUCUUCCACCACAUAUGAUUCCAUCCAUAUUUAUUAUACUUGAUAAAUUACCAUUGAAUCAGAAUGGAAAAAUAGAUCGAAAAUCCUUACCAACACCUGAGUUUUCAUCGUCAGCUGAUAAUAUUGAUGAUAAUGUGCCGCGCACCACUUUAGAACAACAGUUACAAAAUAUAUUUAGCCAAGCUUUCCAUAUUGAAUCCCCUCAUGUUGAAAUUUCUUUUGGUCAACUUGGUGGUACGUCAUUGAGUGCUAUUCUUGCACUUACAUUGAUUCGUCAACAGAUCUCUAAUAAGGUUGACAUUGGUCUUUUAUUUAAUAAUCCAUCUAUUCGACAACUGGCUCAAGCAAUAAAACCUUUAUCAGUUCUCGAAGAGCUACAAGCGACACCUUCCACAGCCAAUGAAAUUCAUGAAACACAUGUUCGUCUAUCACCUUCAUUUGUCGUCGAAUCUUUAGGUAUUGCGCUUCUUGUUUGUCAGUGGUUGUUGCCAAUCAUCAUAAUUCAUCAAUGGUGUCCACUUCUUUUUCCUAUCUUACCAAUAUGUCAUCUUUUAUUCUAUGCCAUUUGUUCACGUCUACUUUCACCACAAAACAUCAAAGAUGACAAUAUUUUCUCUUGGAACUAUUAUCGUUGGUGGUUUUCAGAUCGAUUAUGGAAUAAUAAUGGAUUUUGGCUACAACAUAUACUUGGUACACCUUUGUACAAUUACUAUCUUCGUCUUUGUGGUGCUCGAGUUAGUCAUAAUGCACAUAUUUAUACCAUAACUAUGGAUGCUCCAUGGUUAUUAGAUAUCGGCGAUGAAACUUGGAUUGCUGAUAAAACGACUCUAAACUGCUUAUAUUACACUGAUAAUGAUACUUUUGCAUUACAUUCAAUUAAAAUUGGUAGCUAUUGUUCAAUCAGUGCCCGAUCAAUUCUGUUUGAUGGAGUUGAUAUGCAAGAUAAUAUUAUUGUUCAGCCUAUGUCAUCAGUCACUGGUUUCAUCGCAUCUCGAACAAUUAUCGAUGGUGAAGAACAUAAAUCGGUUUCAUCAGAUAUUUCAAUCACACAUAGUAACAGAUCAUUCUCAAUAUGGCACAAGAUCUAUCAAGUUAUUACAAUAAUCUCACUCAUCUGUAUUCAUUGUACACUCUUAGCCAUUGUCUACAAAGUUUAUUCAGUUGAACAAAUACCACUGCCUAUUAGUAUUGCUUUUUGCUGGACUUUAUGGUCAAUUAUUGCUUGUUUUGUCACUCUUUUUCUCUUGAAAUUCAUAGUUGGUUCUUGUGCUGCUGGUGAGACAUAUCCAAUUGCAUCAUGGUCAUAUUUACAUAAGGUAUGGCUUCGUCAAUUAAUUGUAUCUAGUUUUCAUUAUGCCUGGUUCCUACCAAGUGAACAUGAUUAUCUGUAUCCUUUUAUUCUCCGUUGGCUAGGUGCUCAAGUCGAAGAUGAUGUCAAACUCAGUAGUAUAGACAUCUUCUUGUCCUAUCCAACAAAUUUAUUAAAACUCGAAAGAGGAGUCACUAGUUUUGCUUACGUUUUAUUAGUUCCUACUGAGAUGACACUUGAGGGUGAUCAUCGUGUAGAUAGGAUAACACUCGGCUCUCAUACAAAUCUUGCUAAUAUAUGUUCAAUUUUGCCGGGUAGUCAUCUUGCGUCUCAUACUAUGGUUGGCAAUUUAACACGUAUCACUCGAGAAACAAAUAGCAACAAUGGAGAUGUUUUCAUUGGUGUUCCAGCUCGUGCUAUGCCAUUUCAAAUGCCUAUUAGACAAACGAUGAAAGAUCAAAUUCAAACUACUCCAUUUUGGAAAACUUGUUUUUCUCAUUAUAUUAGCAAAUGUCUUCUCAUAGGCAUCUAUUGGUCAUGUGGGCUUGUUGGUGGACUAAUCCUUCAUACAAUGAUUGUUUGCAGUUUAAAUCGGUGGCAUUCAUAUGUAGACAAUAAAAUAAUCAAACAGAUAAUAAGAAAACUAGAAGAAGAUCACGAAAUUUUUAUCUGUCCAUUUCUUGGCAAUACACAAUGGCUAAUUCGGUUAUUUCGAAUAUAUGGUGCAAAUAUCGGCAACAAUGUAAUCUUACCUAAUGUUUCUUCUAUUUUUGAUUACAAUUUGGUAACCAUUGGAGACCAUGUUCGGCUUAAUAUCAAUGCUAUUAUUGUGUGUCACACUUUCGAACAUCGUAUUUUGAAACUAGUUCCUGUUACAGUAGGUAACUCGUGUACACUUAUGAGUGGGUCAAUUGUAAUGCCAGGUUGUAAAUUAAUGGAAUCUUAUGUAGCAAAACCAAUGUUAUCUCGAUCUGUACCUAUUUGUGAUGAUGUCGUCAAAUGUCAACAGGAAUCUGAGAAUUUUGAUCGAUUGUCUUUGUGGUAUGAACAAAUUUCAAAUGUCUAUAAGAAUAUCAAUGAACUACAAUUUAUGAACUGGGGUUAUGCAGAUUUGAAUGAGCAUAUUGAUGACAACACUGGUUACUAUUCGAAGAAACUCUAUCAACAAGUUCUUGCUAAUGUAGCACUUACAGAUCAAAAUAUACUCGAAGUGAGUUGUGGUAGAGGUGUUGGUGCUGCCUGGUGUGUUCGUACAUAUGCUCCUCGCUCUUAUGUUGGAAUAGAUCCUUCUCAAGAUGUUAUUAACCUGUGUGAACAACUUUAUUCGAAAAUUCUUCGACUCUCAUUUAUAAUAGCUGAUCCAAAAACCCAUUUACCAUUUCAGAAUGAGUCUCUGGAUGUUGUUCUCUCGAUUGAAACAAUAAACGUUUUUGAUGAAAUAGUAGCCAUGAAGCAAUUCAUUGACGAAGCUACUCGUGUGCUUACUCCUAGUGGAUAUUUUCUCUGGUGUGGCUUGUGUAAUGUAGAUGGUUCAAGUGUAUUGAUUGAUUAUUUAACAGCAAAUAAUACAUUUAUUAUUAAAGAGAAGGUCAAUAUUACAAGAAAUGUUCUUCAUGCACUUGAUAUUCAGAGUAACUCACGUGCUAACUUUAUUGAGCGUUAUAUUCGAUCUGCAGAUCAAGAAUAUUGUCGUCUAUUGGCUGGAUUACCUGGCACUCAGUUUUAUGAUAAUAUGAAACAGGGACGAGCAGAAUAUUGGCGAGUUGUAUUUCGAAAGAAGACAGUAACAGAUAAGCCUGAUUUAUACGACGUUAGUCGUGUUAAAAUGAUUUUUCGGGUUUGUGUUAUCAAGGCAACUGCACCAUUAAGCGUAGAUACUCUACCCGCAACUGUUCGAAAGAUUAGCUUAGAAGAUACUGUCGCAUCAGCAACACUUACCGAUCAUGUAACUCCAGAUGUAAAAUUUGAUUUAAUCAAUACUAUGAUUGACGCAAUAUUUCAAGAUUAA